AUGCGUCUCUCAAUUUCCAUCACGGUCCUCGCCUCAGUGUUGGGCGCCGCUCUCGCCAAGCCGGAAAAGAUCCGCGGUGUCAGCGAUCCAGUGUACCACCUCUACCUUCAGGAGUACCCCAAGGACAAGAGCACCGCAGUCCUGGGUCCAGAGUCAUCGGCAGAAUACUUCAACAUCGGAGGCACUAUCCAAAGCGCAAAUACGACGUUAUACCUGAAUGUCGGCAAUGACAGCACUUCAUACAAGACGCUAACUUUCGGGACGACUGCGUCGACAAAGGCGUGGGGGCUCGAGGGUGAUACGAUAAUCACAACGCAAGGAAGUACUUGGGGUCGUCAAUUGAACUUUCUGGUUUGCAAACUGGACGGCAACUACUGGCAGCUGUACCUGCAGACAGGCAGUGCCACGCCCAGUGGGAAGACUUGCAGCAACUACCAGACGAUCCACCUUCCAUGUCUGUGCUGA